UAUCAAAAGGAGAGAAAUUAUUAAUGUAUUAAAUUAUUGAUAUAUCAUUAACACAAGCACUUGUGGUGGAACUUGAUUAGAUGUUUAAAAUACAUUUUUGGAAACCAACAAUAAAAAAACUCAUAAAAACACUCAUUCAACAUCAAACCUAAAGGAAAUGAAAAUGUCAACGUUGAGGCAGAGAGAAGUAUUUGAGUAUAAUGGAAAUGUCAAACAUGUACAGAAAAAAUGAAAAUGUCAUCGAGGCAGAGAAUUGUUCGACAUCUGACCUUUUAAGACGUCUAUGUGAGAGAUGAGAUUGGAGCCAGUUUUUGCAACCACCUCGUUUUGGCGUUUAAGACCUUUGAGUAUGACUAAUGAGGCAAAACGCAAUCUUUCUGAUGUUGAAACGCAAGUUAAGAUAUUGGUUGAGGAUUUGAAAAACGAUUCAGCAGAUACUCAAAGAAACGCAACCGCAGAACUCAGGUUGCUAGCGAAAUAUGACAUGGAUAAUCGGAUUGUGAUAGAAAACUGUGGUGCGAUCGGCUUGCUAGUGAAUCUUCUUUACUCUAACGAUCCGGAGACGCAAGAAAACGCGGUUACCGCGCUUCUCAACUUAUCGAUAAACAACAACAAGAACAAAAGUGCGAUCGUUGAUGCGGGUGCGAUCGAACCGCUGAUUCAUGUCCUAGAAAACGGAGGAUCUGAAGCGAAAGCGAAUUCAGCUGCAACCAUUUACAGCCUCUCAUUGUUAGAAGAAAACAAGAUCAAGAUUGGUAGUUCAGGUGCGGUUGGACCGCUUGUUGAUCUUCUCGGUAACGGUACACCUAGAGGUAAGAAAGAUGCCAUUACCGCGUUGUUUAAUCUCUCGAUACAUCACGAGAACAAGGCGAGGAUCGUGCAAUAUGGAGCCGUGAGAUAUCUUAUAGAGCUAAUGGAUCCAGCGGUUGGAAUGGUCGAUAAAGCGGUUGCGGUUUUGACGAACCUAGCUACGAUACCGGAGGGAAGAAACGCGAUUGGUGAAGAAGGUGGGAUUCCUCUUCUUGUUGAAGUUGUUGAAUUAGGUUCCGCUAAAGGGAAAGAAAACGCAGCAGCCGCUCUUCUUCGACUUAGUACAAAUAGCGGUCGCUUCUGCAAUAUGGUUCUUCAAGAAGGUGUUGUUCCUCCUCUUGUUGCUCUAUCUAAAUCCGGUACUCCCCGAACCCGAGAAAAGGCACAAGCUUUGCUUAGCUACUUAAGGAAUCAACGGCAUGAAAAUGCCUGACGUGGAUAAUGAUGAUGGGGAACUGAGAUUGCACACAUCUUUGCUUCUGAUUGUAAAUUUGUACAAAUAAUUAAUUCCAUUAUAACUAAAGAUUGUUGAGAAUAAAAAAUUUAUUACUAAAUAAAUUGUGUGAUCUAUGAGAAUGGAUUGUUUUAUACAAGAAAGAUACAUAAAACUGAUUUCUUGUCUGAAAGAUACGUGUGGCUAAACAGAAUCAUGAAUAUCC